AUGUAAAACAUAUGUAACCAGUGACAGCUGGUGACUAGUUUUAUCAUUCCUAAUAAAUUCACAAAGUUGCACUUUUCGUCGUUUGGCGGAGAGUGGCGCGGAGUGCAGCGAUCAGCUGUCAUGGCUGUCACGACAUUCGUGAAGUAACGAGACGGACUCCUUUACCCAAAUAAUUCAUUCCAAUGCGUUGUACUCAAAGAUGACAGCCGAUUCGUCGACUAUUUAAUCCUUCACAAUUUAUCUGAAAGAUGCUUCGAAUUUUUCAAUAUAACUCCUCUCACCGUAUCUCCGCAAUUUUCCAUAUGUAACAAUAAAUUAAUAUCUGAAUUAUAUUUAUGUAGAAAGUUUUUGAAAAAGGUAAAUUUAAUGAUCCCAUGGAUGCGUGAUCAAAUAGCAGAGGCCUGGCAUAACAGAAAGAGUUCAAGGACAGCCGACAGGCAGUCCUUGGCCCUUUCUUCUAUUAGCGCAGGCAAUCCUGCAAGCAACAACACCAUGCUUAUGCCAUUACCUACCUCACCCGAAAGCUUUUCUGUCAAUGUUAUCAGCAUAGAGGGCAAUAUAUUAGGUGUUACAGUAAAGCCAGACUUUACUGUAGAGAAUAUUAAAAAAAUAGCAAUGAUACAUUUCUAUGGCCAAGAUACCACUAAACCCAUCUCUCGCUACCGUUUAGUUCAUUCCUCCAAGUUUAAACAAUUAGUAGAUGAACAUUAUAUAGAUGAUGAAGAUAUCAAUGAAUAUGAUGAAUUGUUGCUGGUGGAAAUUCGACCAACUAUUGUACAAGAGAAUCUCUCAGAUGAAGCUUUCAAGGGUCCAAAUCUAGAAGCAAUAGCUCGAGCUACAAGUGAUUUACCUGGUCGAAAUGCACCUAAACGUAUGCCAUCUACAGAAUGUCCUGCAGAUUUUCAGAACGAAAUUCGUAAGAUUCUGAUAACUCUAGUGCAAGCUUCCACGAAGAUCUUGGUGCAUAGUUCAGAUGCUGAAAAAUUGUAUGAUAUUAUUAAGGAGAAACUCGAAACUAGGUGUAAGCCCACUAAUGAUCCAAAAGUUGUAAAAACUCUUGUAGAAAUGGGCUAUCCACACAAAAAAGUUCUUAAAGCAUUGCGUCUUCGAAAAUCUAAUAUGACGGAAGCUUUAGAAUGGCUUAUAGAACAUCAGGAUGACUCAGACAAGGAAGAAGAUGAAGAAAUGGAUUUCCUCUCUUUAGAUACAACAGAGGAUUCAAGUGGUGCAGGACCUAGUACUUCACUGAACACUAAGAAGUCAUUGAAAGAAGCUUGUAUCGAACUUUUUGAAGCAGAAAAUCAUGAUCAGACGGAAAAAAAUCUAGUGAAUAUCGUAGAAUUGCUGUUAGAAAGUUUUCGACAAUAUAGGAGAAUGGAAUUUAAAUCUAAUAAACGAGCACUGCGGUCGCUUGUGGAAAUGGGUUUUAAAGAGAAAGAUAUUAUCGGCGCGUUGAAAAUUACUGGAAAUGAUCAAGCUAAUGCUUGUGAAUGGUUGCUGGGUGAAAGAAGACGCAGUCUACAAGACUUGGACGAGGGUCUGGAAGUUGACGGGCCAAUUUACAAAGCGAUUAUGAGUAAUCCUCACAUUCAACUCAGUCUCACAAAUCCGAGAAUGUUACUUGCAUAUUUAUCCAUGAUAGAAAGUCCCGCAUCGACGAAUGUGUGGAUUAAUGAUCCUGAAGUCUCACCUGUGCUUAGUCAGAUAUCUAAGACAUAUCAUGCCGAGAAAUACGCCAUCCACAUGAAUCGUUACACCUAGCACUACUGGGAAACUUACUCGAGUCUCUGUGGAACAUCGAUAUUUUUGUAUAAAUUUACAAGUAACUUUCGCAGAGAUUUACAAUAUCAAUCACAGAUUGGUGAUUAUCUGUGACUAUUGUACUCGACUUGUACAUAAUUAUGGUUAUAUAUAAUUUUGAUUAUAUAUAAUUAUAAUUAUUUCUAGUUGAGGAGUGUCAUGUAUAAAAAUUUUCACAAAAUGUACAUCUUAUAUUAUGCUAUUGUAAGCCAUGGAGAUCGCACAUAUACUUCUAUACAGAGAUCUCUAUAUAGAAUGCUGAAAAUUGCUUUUGACGUUGUACAAGUUACCUGUUAACAAUUGUUAGAGAAAAUGUGCUUUAAUAUAUACAAGAAGCAGCUGUUA